GGGAAAAAAAUAUAUUAGAUCAGCUCUUCCCCAACAACUGAAUUCACGAAAGGAAGACCGAUAAUUCUUUUCUUUUCCUUCGGAUUCUUUUCGAAUCGCAAACUAGUGUUUGGAUUCCAAGAAAUUUUUUUCGUUGCACAGUGAUAUACUGAAAUCAGCGCACUGAUCAUCGGGAUCUGGACAAUAUCUUCGUUCGAUUGCCAUGGCGAUGAGAAGGCGUACUUUGCUCAAGGUCAUUGUCCUCGGCGACAGUGGGGUUGGUAAGACUUCCUUGAUGAAUCGAUAUGUGCAUAACAAGUUCAGUCAGCAGUACAAAGCAACUAUUGGGGCUGAUUUCGUCACGAAGGAACUCCAGAUCGAGGAUAAGCUUGUUACUUUGCAGAUAUGGGAUACUGCAGGGCAAGAAAGAUUUCAGAGUCUGGGGGCUGCCUUUUAUAGAGGAGCGGAUUGCUGUGCGCUGGUUUACGAUGUCAAUGUAAUGAGGUCCUUUGACACGCUAGACAAUUGGCACGAGGAGUUUCUUAAGCAGGCAAAUCCCUCAGAUCCAAAGUCAUUUCCAUUUAUACUGCUUGGAAACAAGGUUGAUAUAGAUGGCGGGAGCAGCCGAGUGGUCUCUGAUAAGAAAGCAUUGGACUGGUGUGCGUCAAAGGGUAACAUUCCCUAUUUCGAGACCUCGGCAAAAGAAGACUACAAUGUCGAUGAAGCAUUCUUCACCAUCGCCAAAAAAGCCCUGGCAAACGACCAUGAACAGGAUAUAUAUUUCCAAGGCAUACCAGAGGCUGUUCCUGAAACCGAGCCCAGAGGAGGUGGUUGCGCUUGCUGAAUGGGAAAGAGAACACCGGGCCAGUUACAUUCAUUGUGACACAUUAGCCAUCAUUCUUUUAAGGUUUGUGCAUUCGGUUCGCUGAAGGAUAGUUUUAGAAGCUAUUUUUCGCUUGAUCGGUCCAUGGCAUCGUAUUCGUUGGUUGGGUUGGGUUAAUACGAUCAAGGGGCAAUGCGGUUCAAUGGUCCAGUUUCUGUUCUUUCCCUGCCAGUGCCAUGAGAUAAUGUUCUACUCUUUUGAUCAUUCUUCUUCUAUCUAUGACCCAUACUCAAACAUUUAGUAUUAAUUUUAUGUGGGUAUUCCCCAAAAACCAACAUGUGCUUUAUUUUCUUCA